UUAAUAGUGAGCAUAUGGCGGGUAUUUUCAUGCGGCUAAGUGUGUUCAAACAUUUUCUGUAACAUGCUGUAACUUUUCGCUUCUUUUGCUGAUAUAACUUAGCGUUUUAUUAUUAAUAACAACUUUUUGUCUUAUUUGAAAAUGUGAAGUACAUGAGUCUGUUCAGAGCUAAUAAUGAAAGUAAAAACCCGCGUAUGUUACUGUAGGUCUUGUCAUGCACGCGCUCCAUGUGACUCGUUUGAACUGAUACUUUGGGUCAAAGGCGUGUUUUGUGAAUAUACUGCUAUAUUUGUUGCACCUUUUUAAAAAAUAUUUCGGAGAUGUGGCGGAAAGUCGAAACCGGCGGACACAUUGUGAAGUCGUAAAUAAUAAACACUGGAAAUAAAAGUAAAGGGCGAAUUUCGUUUCUGUUCUGUGAUAAUGGCAAAGAGUCGCUUGCUUGUGGAGGGUCUCGCUAUCGUGCUGUUCGCAUGCAGUCUCGCUCAAGCUGCGAAACUCAAUAUCCCGAAAGUUUUAUUACCUCUUUCAAGAAGCACAAAAAUUAAUUUCACACUGGAAGCAACCGAAGGGUGCUAUCGAUGGACAUCCAACAGGCCAGAGGUCGCCAGUAUAGAGGCUGUGGAUGUAAAUGAACAUCAAUGCUCCCAGAGGGCCGUUCUGCAGGCCCGCUCGACUCAGCUGUCCAGACUGACCAGUAUUAUACUUGCCGAGGACAUCUCAACAGGACAGGUGCUACGUUGUGAUGCAAUAGUGGAUGUGAUUAGUGAGAUCCAGAUUGUCUCCACUACGCGAGAACUUUUCUUGGAGGAUUCUCCACUGGAGCUCAAGAUUCAUGCGCUUGAUUCAGAAGGAAAUACCUUCAGUACUCUCGCCAGUCUGUUGUUUGAUUGGACUAUUGUAAAAGAUGCAAAAACGUCAGGUUUCCCUGAUUCCUACAACUCACUGCGAGUUCUGCGUUUUGCAGAAUCAGCGUACACUCCUCCAACCUACAUCUCUGAGAUGGAGCGAGUAGGACAUCAGGGAGAUAUCAUCCUGGUUUCAGGAAUCAAAACGGGACAUGCUAAGCUCAAAGCCAAAAUACAAGAAGCUCAUUAUAAGGACGUUGGUGCUGCUGAAGUCAAAUUACUGAUUCUUGAAAACGUUUUCCUAAAUCCUGCUUAUGAUGUGUAUCUGCUCGCUGGCACAUCCAUCAAAUACAAAGUGCAGAAAAUCCGUCAGGGAAAGAUCACAGAGCUGUCCAUGCCAUGUGACCAGUAUGAGCUAAACCUCCAAAACAAUGCAGUCACGCCUGAUGGAAACCCAGAGGUCCCUGUGGCAAACUUAGAGCAGAGCAUCUCGACAGUGUUUGCCGUUCAGCACGGUCAAACCAACAUCGUGCUGGACCACAAAAGUCUGGGAAUGCAGGGAGUUUCUCGUCUCCCUAACAGCACUAUAUAUGUGGUGGAGCCUGGAUACUUGGCGUUUAAGAUUCAGCCGGAGGAACGCUGGGUACUUGAGACGGAAAGAACAUACGAAAUCUUCAUUGAAGUGUUUGAUAAGUCAGGCCACAAGAUUCAUCUGUCUGAUAAUAUUCGUAUAGAAACAACGUUCCCUGUGGAUUACUUUGAAGUUCUGGAGUCGUCCCUCAACGGAUCUUACCACUAUGUGAAAGCGUUGAAGAAUGGUCAAACUAUUAUUGACGGCACGCUAAAAGCGGUCAUUGAUCAAGCAGGCAGCGUUCAUCUUCUCACUGUUCCCGUGCGUAAUGAGCAGGAUGUUGAAAUCUACAACCCCAUAGUGCUCACACCUGCCAUCCUCACAUUUCCAUGGCAACCUAAAGAGGGGGCAUACCAGUAUACCAUCAAGGCAACUGGCGGAAGUGGAAACUUUAGCUGGUCGUCCACUAAUGCAGCGGUUGCCAUGGUAACAGUGAAAGGACUAAUGACAACUGUCAGAGAUGUUGGUGUCAGCUCAAUCUAUGCCCAUGACAUGAGAAACCAGCUGCACUACGGAGACAUGAAGGUGUAUGUUAUUGAGCCGGUGGGGAUGGAGUUUAGCCCUUGUGCUGUAGAAGCUCGCGUGGGGCUCAGUCUUAAUCUUCCACUGCGGAUCUUUGGUCAACUGAACGGAGAGAGAGUGACUCUCAGUGACUGUUCACACUUUGACAUGCAGGUGGAGAUGGAGAGUGUGGGCAUCUUCCAACUGCUGGAGGGGAGACUAGCGCCAGGACAGACCCACUGCAGUGGAGUAAGAGUCAAGGCCUUGACUCCUGGAUACACUGACCUUCUGGUUAGUUACACCCACAGCAACAUCCACCUCAGUGCAAAGAUCACCAUUGCUGCCUACCCACCACUCAAGGUGAUUGACCCUGUGUCCGUUGUGACGCUGGGCUCCUCUAAAGACAUGACUUUUGAAGGCGGCCCUAGACCAUGGGUGCUAGAGCCUUCUAAGUUCUUCCGAAACCUGACGGCUGAAGACCACAACAGUGUGACUCUGUCCCUUUUGGGACCAGCCUCUCGAACCUACUCCAGACAUCUGAUCAGAGCCACAUGCCGUUAUUUGAGAGAGCAGGUUUUGGCCAUGACUGUUGGUAACCAGCCCACUGUGACAAAUCCCUUCCCUGCCGUGGAACCAGCCGUGGUAAAGUUUGUGUGUGCACCUCUGUCACGUCUCACGCUGAGCCCCAUCUACACGAGGCCUCGGCUGGACGUGUCCUGCCCGCUGUUGCAGCAAAACAAACAAGUGGUGCCAGUUUCUAAUUAUCACAACCCAGAGCUGGACGUGGCAGCUUUUGACCACCAGGGCAGGAAGUUUGAUAACUUCAGCUCUUUGAGUCUCAUUUGGGAUUCGUCUAAAGUGUCUCUAGCGAGCAUCGAACCGACAAUGCCUAUGCAGUUAUACUUACACGAGGACGACGUCAAGCAGAAAAAACUUCAUGGACGUCAAACCGUUCUUGUGCAUCGUGAAUCAGGCAUCGCCGCCAUCACGGUAACAGCUGUGGGCUAUCAAACAUCUCAUCUGGAGGCAGCAGCUGUUUUGAGAGGGUUUGAUCCUCUGAGCCCAGUCUCUGCCACGCUGGAUCUUCUGUUAGUGGAGGAUGUAAGAGUGACCCCUAACACCAUCACCAUAUACAACCAUCCUGAUAUAAGGGCUGAUCUGACUCUGCGAGAAGGCUCAGGUCAUUUCUAUGUAAAUGCCAGUGUCAAGGGAAUUGCAGAUGUCACGUUUCAGGAGUUCCAGGGGAUUGCUCAGGUGGUUCCCUUGCAGGCGGGGGUCUUGCAAGUAAUGGUCCAUGACCUCUGCUUGACCUUUCCUUCCCCUGCCAUUGCUACAGUACACAUUGCUGAUAUUCUGGAGGUUGUCGUGCGUGUCGUCGACAAGGUAGAGAUUGGCAAGUCAGUCAAAGCAUAUGUUCGGGUGUUGGAUGGUAACAGAAAGCCUUUCCAGUCCAAAUAUUUCUCUGUCAUGAAUCUCCAGUUGAGACCAGCAUCAUCUAUAAUCUCUUUACAAGCUUUGUCAGAUUCCUCGGAGGAGGACACAGCCGCAUUUCUGGUCAAAGGUCUGGUGAUCGGACAGACCAGUGUGUCCGCUACGGUGACGGAUAAAAACGGCAGAAAAAUAAUUUCUGUUCUCCAGCAAAUAGAAGUCUUUCCACCUUUCAGGCUGCUGCCCAGGAAGGUCACUCUUAUAAUGGGAGCAAUGAUGCAGAUCACAUCAGAGGGCGGACCACAGCCCCAGUCCAACAUCCUCUUUUCUUUGUCCCACGAGAACAUCGCCUCCAUCAACAGUCUGGGUCAUGUCCAGGGCCUUUCAGUGGGCAACAUGACCGUAACCGGCGUGGUUCAAGCAGUCGACACAGAAACAGGCAAACUUGUGGUUGUGUCACAGGAUCAAGUGGAUGUUGAGGUUGUCCAGCUGAAAGCCAUUCGAAUUAGAGCUCCCAUUACCAGAAUGAAGACCGAAACCCAGAUGCCAGUUUAUGUGAUGGGACUGACCAGCACUCAGACGCCUUUCUCUUUUGGUAAUGCUUUACCGGGACUGACCUUCCACUGGUCUGUGACCAAGAGAGACAUCCUGGACAUCCACACACGCCACACAGAGGCUUCAGUCCAGCUCAGCGCAGAACACAACUUCGCCAUGAGCGUGUUUGGCAGGAGUAAAGGCCGAACAGGUCUGAGAGUGCAGGUGAAGGCCAGUGUUCCUCUCGCUGGUCACCUACAAGACAACACUCUGGAGCUCCACGAUGAGAUCCAGAUUCAGGUUUAUGAUAAACUACAGCUGCUCAACCCUGAAGUUCAAGCGGAAGAGAUUCUGAUGUCCCCAAACUCACUGGUGAAACUGCAAACCAACAGAGAUGGACUGGGGUCUUUGUCCUAUCAUGUGCUGGAGUGUCCCGACAGAACUACUCUCAUUCAGGUUGAUGAUAAAGGUCUUCUGACAUCGGGGUCUGUUACAGGAACAGCAUCACUACAGAUAAGCUCUCAGGAAACCUUUGGAGUCAAUCAAACCAUCAUUAUCGCUGUAAAGGUGGUUACUGUAUCAUAUCUGCGUGUGAGCACCAGUCCAGUGUUGUACACGUCUAACAGAGAGACUCUGUCUGCCAUCCCGCUGGGAGCUGUGCUCACCUUUACGGUUCACUUUCACGACAGCACAGGAGAGAUAUUAAACAGCCACAACACACUCCUCACGUUCUCCACCAACAGGGAGGAUUUGGUUCAGGUGGGUAAGGGUUCAUGUAACAGCACCCUGAUUGUGCGCACAGUGAACGUGGGUUUGACUCUGCUGGCAGUCUGGGAUUCAGGCCAGACUGGGCUCACAGAUUAUCUCGCUCUGCCUGUCCAACACGCCAUCCAUCCUGCUGAAGCCCAGCGGCUGGUUGUCGGGGAUGUGGUGUGUUUUUCGGCUCUGUUGGUUAAUCAGGAAGGUGUGUCAGGUGUUUGGAGUUCGUCCUCCAGUGCUCUGUUGGAGGUUGAAUCCAGGUCUGGAGUUGCUGUAGCCAGAGACACUGGAACAGUCACUGUGUACUAUGAAAUAGCGGGUCAGAUUCGCACAUUCCGGGAGGUUUUUAUUGAAUGUGCAUCUCAAACCACCGCAAUGCUUCCAUCAUCUUCAGUGAAGAGAGAGAGAGAUGGGAAGGUCCUGAUAGCAACCAGAGACGGGCGGAGCAACCUCAUUGGAAGCUGCUCUUCCUCACAGACAGACAGCAUCUCAUCGCUCCACCCAGAGUCCUCCAUCAGCUGCCACGUCCACUUCACCAGCAGCGCUGUGGAUUUCUCUGCCCGUGAUGUCUACCACACGCACACUUCCUUUGACACCAGCACAGGUUUCUACAGCUGUGUGUUGAUCUUAAAGGCCAUGAGCGAGCAGCAGGUGAAGGUGUUGAGCAUGUCUAUGACUGAUGUGGAGGUGACUGGUGCUGUGCAGGGGAGUCAAUUCAGCGGAGAUCAGACCAGCGUUCGGCUGCCUGUCAGUCCAGGAAUUUAUGCUGAUCAGACAGAAGUCAUCCUGAGUAACCAGCACCCAUCUGCUGAUCUCACCGUCUAUGGGACUGCUGGAGCUCUCCAACAACUAAAUGUAAAGAGCAGGUCUUCUGCAGUCACUGUACAGAAGAAGGAGUUUUCCCAGAGUUUCCCCAGCUAUAUAAAAUACACUAUUAGUGUGGUUAAGCCACAGGCAGCGCUGACAACAUCGCUCUCUAUAAGCAGCUCAUCCAGCGAUCAGCUUCUGCUCAUUCCUAUAACAGUCAUUCAUGUCAGCAGCUCCUCUAUGCAAGCGCAAAUAAUGGAUGCAGUAGAUGGACCUAGUAUUUUUCAACAGUUUAUAGACUCGUAUCAAGUGAUGUUCUUCACUUUAUUUGCUCUUCUGGCUGCCACAGCUGUUGUCAUCAUUGUGUGUCAUGCACUGUUUUCUCCAAGAGAUUCUGUCAGUCAUCCUGCAUUCAUUCAGAAGACCCCGCCUCCUGCAGGUGUAGCUAAACUGACUGAAAGCCCCUUCAACAACAGUAUGCCUUUGGGAACAGACACGAAGCAAAGCCCGAGAUUACGCUUGUAUUCACCUAACUACAACUCCAGAUGAAGACUAAAGAAGUGCCUUUCCAGGGAAUGAAAGAGUACACAUACUCUUAAAUGCUCGCAAUGAUAUAAUGGCUUCAUAAUCCGAAUGCAUAGAGCUGCAUAGCUAUUACAUUACGUUUUGUGCUUGUGUUUGAAUCGUUUAAGUUGCUUGUUGUGGUCUUAGUUAUUUUUUCUGUCGAUGCAACAUUCAUAUUUGGAGCCAUUUUGAUUUUUUUUUAAAUAUUAAUCAAGCUGAAUGAAGUUUUGAAUCUCAGGACAAGCUUUAUACAAGACUUCCGUUUCGGAUCACACAGUAGCGUGUUGUGAAUGGUGUGACUACUGAAUCCCCCCCGAGUGUUUGUUGAAACAAAUGGCCAGUCGUUUCAUUUUGUGAGCCACAUGUUCUAUUGAUUUUGUGGAACUACUUCAAGGAUAUCUUGAGUUGAUAUAGUGCAGCUUUUUUCAGUUAAUAAUGUGAAAGACCCAUUCAGGUUAAAUGCCUCUGAUAGUGUUUAUGAAUCUACUGAAUGGCCAGGGACCUAAGUAGCGUUUUGUCAACUCUACAGCAGGCACAGUUCUGAACACGGGUUAAUGUGUCAAUGAAGUAUCAGUCCAACAAUAGAUACUUAAUUAUGGUACAUGUUUAACUGUGAGAUCUGAUUUAAGAUGACCAUUUUGACUGAAUAAAUGUGAGCCCGAUUAAGUGUAACUUAAUUCUUCUGCCUUGAUGUACUGUAGAGCUGUAAUGUGACCCAUUGAAAUGCAAGACUGAAUAUAAUAUGGAAAUGUGUGUUUUUGUUUUUAUUUGCUGAUAUAUAUAUAUAUAUACCUCUAAUUUUUCAAUUGAAAUUCGAACCGACAUCAACCGUUUAUGUUCAGCAAGUUAAAAAUAUUUUUUUGUUGUGCUUUUAUUUACAUUAUGCAUUUUGCAGAUCAUUGUAUGAUGUUAUUUAAAAAUAUAAAUGCUUUUUAUUAAGUACCA